GGUGGUACGGGCGUCAAGAGUACUAUACUUCUCAAUGAGACAUAUAAGGUUAGUUCCGUCUAGCCUCCAUCAAGACCGGACUGCUCGGGACGCAUGCGUUACAAAGUUGUCUCAAUCCCUUGGGCGGCAGAUGGGACCCAUGAACUUGAUUGGGAUGCUGAAGUGGCCACAACUUUAAAAGAGCAGAGUACUCAUGUUAAAUGCGUCAUUCAACCUGCAGAAGCAGAGGGAUCGGUCACCCGUCGCACGACAGCAGCGACACUAGCAAGAACAAUGAUGAUGGUUGGACAUGAAUUUAUGGUUAGACCCCGACGCAAUAUUUCGGCCGGCAUGCAUCUAUCUUUUUUCGGCGGGGCUCUUGGCACACGUGCUGACAGUUUGAAACCAGGUUUAUUGGCGCAGCUACCUGAGGGACUAUUAUGGAGGAGAGAGGGGGGAUCGGAAGUGGUUUUCGAAGUCAACGCCAAGAAUGCAUCAAGUGUAGUGUUCUCAAACUCACAGGGCGUUUCUCUGGUGUCAAGUUGGACUACUAAAGCUGAGCGCUGGGGCGCGGCAACUGUGUCUGCCUGCUUGGUUAUCAUUGGAAAGCGUGGAUUGUCUGGAAAGUGGCGGGCAUGGAUAGAGAACCAUUAUCGAUGGAUUGUCUGGAAAUUAGCAGCUGUCUCAAGGCAGUUUUGCGUAGCCCGGUUGACCUUUGAAAAUAUCCUCUUGCAUCUCAAGUCGAGGUUUGAACGUGAAGUUGAACGUAGGUGCAGACCGGGAUUAAAGGAAUUGUGUCUGGAUGAGUCAGGUAGCAUGGGUCUCCUCAUCCUAGUAGUCUCCAACAUGUAUGGUGGGAAUGGUAAGGGCGAGAUAUUGGUGGAAUUAACUGACGGUUGGUAUAGAAUUCAUGGCAUCUUCGACAAAGACCUCAGUUGCCGCUGUGCACGGGGCCAAAUUCGUGUUGGCACAAAACUUGCUCUCCAAGGCUUUGAGAUCUUGCGUGGUACAUUGACAGACAAAUUUUCAGCGCUACUUGCAGGCAAUGAUGUACCGACCUUGUGGCUACAUUUCAAUGGAACACGUUUAGCCCGUUCAGCCGCCAGGCUGGGGUUUCAAAAGUAUCGGAAUUCAAUGGUACUAACGCCAUAUUCUCUCUCCUCAAGUGGUGGCGUUAUUUCAGCAGUUGAGGCUGUAGUGCAGCGCAUUCGACUCCCAUCCCAGAUAUCCUUGUUGCAAGAGCAAACCGUUCUGUGGCUCGCCGCACCAAAAUUGCAUGGAAUCGCAAACGAGACACACCUCCGUAUAUCAUUUGACACCACACAGAAUGGCACUUACACAGAAAUUUGUGAAGGCGAUACGAUCAGAGUUCACUAUGUCAUUGCGGUUCCCGGUCACGCGGGCGAGUUUUUGCUCAAGCGAACAUUUCAUUCCCGCUGUGAAGCAAUCGAAUCGCCAGCUUCACUUCGCGAUCUUGCCGCAAGUCAAUAUAUCCCGCGGUCACUUUGUUGCGGAUCACAUCUUGCCUGCUUGGGCCGUGAUAAUGUUGGAUCCCGAGUUGAUACUGUUGGCAUAAUUUUGGCAACUUACGAUAGCAGUGCCUCCUAUAGUACGCUUGUUCUUUAUGACUACUCCCAAGAUCUCAUUUUUGUUUCCCUAAGAAGAGAUCGGAGACAACACAGCAGCCGUAAUCUCUUGGGCAUUCCGCCCGGAUCUCAAGUUGCUGUGCUGCAUGCUUCUCUACUUUCAACCCUAGAUGACUGUGCCAUGCUCACUUGUGAUGACCUGGCUGUUGUUUGUUCCUCGAGACGCUCUCUGGGUAAGGCGUCAUUUGGAAGCACACGGGAAAGACUGCAAAAUGACUGGGAUGCAUUGGAGCGAUGGGCCAGGGUUCCGCUUGCCAUGUUUGCUGAGGCGAGUUUACUGUGUCGGAAGAUCAAGUGUACGAUGUUACAGGCAAAAAGAAAUUCCUAUGGUGGCCUGUCAACCCCCUUGGCUCUUCUUGCUAAGUCACUCGACGGAAAAUCCCGCGCGGAACUUGAGCUGGCUCAAGAUGCUGAAGAUCUUGAUGUAGCAAUCCGGGCCAUGCACGCUAGUGGCAAUCUGUACUACGCUAAUGAAAAGUACUACCUUAUGUGAUCUAUAUGACAAUUGAAUUGACGUCCUAAUAGUAAUAAGUCCUGCCUGUUCCUCUCUUUU